UUGCAGUUGGUGCUUCGGCGUUCUGUUUUGGUACAUGUUACAAAAUGAUUACUUUGGACGAUGAGUCAAUGGCUAACAAUUGUAAAGUAACUGAGAACGAAGUGCAUACGUCAGUUGCUGUUGAUAUGGAUUCUGCUUUACAAACGUCGCUGAAGAAGGCUCAGAACAAUUCGAUCUCAGAUGAUACUUCAAAAAAUUAUGUGGAUAAAUCAAUAGAAGCGAUCAGAAACGGUGUCUGGGUUAGUGAAAAGAUCGCAAACAAAGAGCAGCAUCGGGAUGAUAGGAAUAAUGGAGAUUGCACUAGGCCAACUUUCUCCGGUGAAAAUGGCUAUGUGGAUGGCGUUAACAAGGAUUUCAAUGGGUUGGAUACAAUGGAAAAUGACAUUGUAAUUGAAAAUGAACCUUGCGGAAAUAAGGGGAAUGGUAAAACAUCGAUGUUCACUGAAAAUGGUGCUGAUAAGUCGGCAGCUGUUGAAUGUAUAGAGCUAGAUGACGAUCAUGAUGACCCUGACUCUGGUGAUGAGCCACCUGCGAAAAAGAAAGCAAAAUCACCAGUGCCAGAUGAUCCAGACACUCAGGCAGGGGAAAAGAAACCAGAAUUGACAAGCGGUGAAGCUUUAUUGAAUAAGUUAGAGGCCUAUGUCAAAGAUGCAAUCGAUAAGAAUGCGAAUGUGGAGAGGAAAGUGUUGGAUGCAUUAUUAGGAGCCAUUAAUAUUCAAGUGCAGCGUGAACCCUUGUCUGUCCGGAAACUUAUACUGGACAAGCAGUUGGUGUUACCAAACACCAUUAGUUUCCCGCCGUCACAGGUUGUGGAUUUGCUAAUCGAACAUGAUCCUGAUGCACCUUUAUCAAAAGUGAUCGGGCGGAUGUUUGGCGACGAAAGGCCAAAGCUUUCCGAAGCUGAAAAACGCGAACGGCAUUUGUUGAAAUUGGGGCAUCCCGCUCCUCAUAUGACCAAGUUGUUGAUGGAUAUUGGACAAGAUCUUGUUCAGGAGUCUACAUAUUCCGAUAUCGUCCAUGCAAAAAAUUUGCCUGAAACUCCGAAAAAUAUGGAAACAUAUAAACAGGUUGCACAGCAGCUUAAACCAGUGUGGGAAGCUUUGCGGAAGAAAAAUGAACCAUAUAAACUAAAACAGUAUACUUGUCAGCUGUGCAAUUUCCGAACUGAAUCACGAAUCAUUCUUUCGGUGCAUCGGCAGACACCACACUUUGAUGGAAGGAAAUACCAGUGUGCACUAUGUCCUGAAUUUUUCACGAAUGAAAAUAUGAUUUCACAGCAUUAUCUGAGAGAGCACGAUCUUGUGGCUGGGAAGGAAGAAGCUAUCCCUCGAAAUCCUUGCCCAUGUUGUAACGAAGACUUCAUGUACAAAGGACAACGAGACCAACAUCUCAAAAUGUGUCGAAGAGAUCUGAAUAGAGUUCGCCUGAUAAUGGCACCAAAGCACCCGCAAGAUGUCAGUGCCAUCAAUCACUGGUUAUGGGAUAAGCCUCCUGUUGAUCCGACGAUAUUGCAGCAACAACAAGUGGCGCAGCGGCAACAAGUAGAGAAACUGCAGCGUGCUCAGUUGGCGCAACAACAGCAGGCGCAACAGCGUCGUAGUCAGUCUGCCGUGACUAAUUCAGCACUUUUGGCAGCACAGCAACAGCAAGCUGCACUCCUCUUACAGCAGCAAAGGAUAAGGGCGGCGCAAGUCGUGGCUCAUCAUCAACACCAGGCAAAGAUGUCUUCGUUAAUAGGAAAUCCAAGUCUCUUGGCAGCGAUGCAGCAACAGUUGCAACGUGCUGCUGUUAGUGGAAUGCGUACCCCGGGAUUGUCCUUAUUCGCCCAGCGUGGAGUAGCUGCCGGAAUCCGUGGACCAACUGUGGCCCAACACACAGCUGCUUCACUUGCUGGACGUAUUAGGGCACCACCGCAAGUCCCAGCAUCUCGUACACAACUAGGUGGAGUUAUAUCUGCUGGACAUAACAACAAUGUUUGUGAAAUCUGUGAUCAAAAUGUCCAGGACAGGGAUAGAUAUCUGACACAUUUGCAACUCUUCCAUAAACAGAUGCGCGGGAAAACAUCAGCUGAUAUGCAGCAGGGCGCACCGUUAGCUUGUAGUCGUUGUCGUGAUAGAUUCUGGACAUAUGAAGGGUUGGAACGGCAUCUUGUCAUGGCACAUGGCCUCGUUACUUCUGAUCUCUUAACAAAAGCACAGAAAAAAGAAGAUGGUGGGCGUUGCAAGCAUUGCGGCAAGCAAUAUGCUUUCAAUAUGCUGCAACAUUUGGUGACGGAUCAUCAGGUAAAACUAUGUUCUGCUGAAAUUAUGUACAGCUGUGAUGUUUGUGCCUUCAAGUGCAGUAGCUACAGUAAGCUCGAAGUACAUCUGAACACCGUACAUCCAAAAAAUCCUACGCAAAAUUCUACUUUGAAUAAUGCGGUCAGCUCAGCAUCGGGGGCAAGGAAGGUUUAACUUUGUGGGUCGCAGACUGCUCAGGCCGGAGAAAGACGUCGAUGCUAUCUUUCCGAGCUGAGGGAACAUUGCUCGGUAUCCGGUGUAUUUGAAAGGAAAUGUUACUUAUUCUGAUUAUGUUUUUCGUCAUGUCUCAACAUUCUGUUUACUUAGCUGUGCAGUAGUUAUCUGUGAAGCGCGAUCACAAUUUCUGCAUGUCAGAUAAGAGUGGUGUCAUUGACUGGGACAGUGCCGAAAAUAUUUAUAGCGGAACGAAAUGAAAUUCAUUUGGUCAAGAAAUGGUUUGUGUAUUACUGGCUUUUCUCUACCUAUAUCAUUUUACAUUCGUGUGUUUCAAAUGAGAUUUUGUUACUGAACUAUUGGUAGCGAAUCCUUACAUUUUGUGCGGCGAGAAUUAAGAUCGUUUGUGAGUUUGUCGUACUUGUUAUUUAGCGUGAGAACUAUUUUAUGGAUAACUGUGAACAACCCGAAGAGCUCUUCUAAUUGUAGUGGAUUGGUUGCUUAAAUGUCACUAUUCAAUGAUUUUUUUAAAGUGUAUUCUGGAGUAUUUCUAUUGCUGAUAUAUUGAUUUAUACGUUUUUAUCAUGUGUAUAACCUAUAUUACAUUUUCAAUUUCCAUCUGCGAUGUGUUUGUACGUUUUAUGUUAUUGUUUGUAUGUUAAGUGUCAUGGUGUUUUGUAUGCAAACCUCAUUCAGGAAAUGGUUGCAUCUUGAGCUGUUUCAAGUUAGGACUUUUAAAUUUCCAGAAAUGAUGUUUAGGGCACAGGUUUUGUGAAAGGCAAUUUGUCGUGCAAUAACGUAACAGGCUGGAGCCUCUGCGCAUUUUUAUUUGCUGCAUUAUUUGACGACUUUGCUAUUUUAUAUUUGAAUCAGUGAACUCUGUCAUUUGGUAAUGCUGCAUUGAUGAUGGAUUCGUAAUGUGCAGCGAAGACUUAAGCGGUUUAAAGAAAAUUAAUAACAGGAGACAGUGGA